AUGGCUGAGCGACGAACUUCUCUCGAUAUGAAGGCCGGUAUUGAUGCGAUUGAGGACGUCAUCAAGAAUCCUCAUCACGAGUCCCAUGAUGCGUCUGGUACUGUCAACUUGUAUCAGGAUGGGACUGUGGUCUUAGUCCCUACGCCCAGUCCUGACCCCAAAGAUCCCCUCAAUCUUCCCGUCUGGCGUAAAUACACCAUCAUCCUGCUUGUAGGCUUCUACUCCGGAAUUUCAGUCCUUGGUACCUCCGGUCUUGGCUCUGUAGCUCCAGAGCUAUACCAGCUGUAUCACAAUGACGACCCCAAGCGCAUCAGCGACCUUCUGACCUAUCCCACCCUCUUCAUGGGCAUCGGCAAUCUCUUAUCCAUGCCAUUGGCCAACGCCGUCGGUCGAAGACCUAUUUUUCUCUUCUCUCUUUUACUCCUUGUCGUGUCUGGUAUCUGGUGUGCCUGUUCAACUUCACUCUCGAGCCAUAUCGCCGGCCGCAACAUCUUCAGCCUUGCUGCUGGCCAAAGUGAAGCUCUGGCUCCUCUUAUCGUACAAGAGAUUCACUUUCUUCAUCAGCAUGGCGUGAAGCUAUCGUACUUUGUUGGAGUGCAGAAUACACUUACUGCUGCUCUGUUCACCGCAACCACAUACAUCGUCCCGUCUAUCGGGCUUCCUUGGUGGUAUGGCAUCAUGACCAUCAUUAAUGGAUGCACCAUGAUCCUAUCAUUCUUCUUCUUAACCGAGACUCGCUUCGAGCGUCCUGAAGAUGCUACUGAGGGCGCAGUCCAUCUUAGACUGGACAAGAAUGGCAACGUCGCCAGUGAAGGAACAAAUGAGGUCCUAUUUCAAGUCACCACCCGCCAAGGUGUCGUACUCCAGCCAGAGAAGUUUGGAGAGAGAACCUGGAAAGACGACCUUCGAAUUUUCCACGGAAAAGCCGACUGGAAGAGCUUGGUAUCAUUUUACAAAGACGUCGGCCUGUCUCUUAUUCUUCCACCCAUUUUCUGGAUCUUUAUUCUCAACGGCGCAUUUCUCGGUCUCUACAUCUACCAAGCCUCGACAUUUGCUGUCAUUCUGGUACAGCCGCCAUAUAGCUUCAGUCCCGAGCUUCUUGGAUACGUGCAGUUAGUACAGAUUGUGGACUGUCUCAUUGCUGUGCCAAUUCUCGGUUACGGUUCCGAUGUCAUCUGCAGGUUUAUGAGUCGGCGACGAAAUGGAGUUUUCGAGCCUGAGUACCGACUCAUCGUUCUGGUCAUCCCAGCUGCAGCAGCCAUCAUAUCAGCCAUCUUCUACGGCCGCGCAGCUGCUUCCCCCAACGAUUAUCACUGGAUGGCCAUUGUCGCUCCUUACCAUCUCGGUUUCUUUGCCUUCCUCGGUGCAAACCUGGUGGGUAUCACAUUCGUCAUGGAUAGCUACCCCAACAAAUCCGGACCUCUUCUUCUUGUUGUCUGCGCUGGUCGAGGGUUUGUCUCUUUUGGUUUGAGCUAUGCGACGGUGCCAUCAAUCGAGUCUCUUGGCUAUGAUGGUGCUAUGAACAUUCUUGCCAUUAUUUGUGGUGUCUUGAGUGGAUUUGGAAUUGUCGUUUACUUCAUCGGAAAGCGAGUUCGUGAGUGGGCGCGCCGACGCAUCUGGCCUAAGCAUCAUGAGGAGUAG